CAUACGGCUUGUUGCUGUUGCCUCGCAUCGCCUUGGUCACAUAUCCAUCGGCUCAUCUGUCAACAACUGAAGCUAUGGCUCGUUUAGCUUCCAAGUCUAAUUAUCAGAACAUACUCGAUGGGGAUCACACUGCCCUAGGUUUGUCAUAUAACACAGAUCUUCAUUCUGGUAUCGAGCUUCGUCGUACAUCGCAUAAAGCAGCUGAACAAAAACGUCGUGACUCUCUCAAGCAUUGUUUCGAUGAUCUGCGUCAGAUGAUUCCUAAUAUUCAAGAGAAAUCGCCAUCCAAAGUGUUCUUGUUGAAGAAGUCUUUUGACUAUAUCUGUAAUCUUAAGUCUGAGGUUGCGAAGCGUGAUCUGGAAAUGGCGCGUCUGAAAGCUCAGCAUGAGUUUAUGGUAACAGCCAUGCAGUCUUGGACGGCUAGUUUGCCAGAAGACAGCCCCUUCCGAAAAGGAUUGAUUGAAUCAUGGGAAAUGCCAGAUGAGGACGUGAAGAAGGCGGUUGUAAAGGAGGAGGAAGCGGCCAAGAAGGCAGCAGAGAUGGCUGAAUUAAGCGCCGCAGCUGUUGAAGCUGCACGAACACAGCCUGGUGGGCAGAACAAAGGUGGUAAGGAAAGCCAUGUGGAUCCUGAUGAUAGUGAUGAGGAUGGGCCUUCUAAGAAUAAGAAGUCAGGAUCAAGGACUGGAGCAUCCUCUUCCACUUCAAAAAAUACAAGCAGCUCAGGAAAGAAGAUGAGCAAAACUGACGUAUCAUCGGUAGUGGAUUCUGCUACUACCGCUACUACUGCCAAUGUAGCAGAGACAACCAGCACGGAUAGAAAUGGAGCUGAAACUGGUGACGGCUCCGCUGCAAAACAAGGUCAAGGUUCCUCUGCUGAUAUAUCAAGUAAGACAAAGAUGCAGUCUGGCGGAAAGACGAGCGAUGAAGAAGAUGAGGACGAUGAGGACGAAGCUGAAGAUCACGAGAUGAUAGAUGCUACUGCUGAGAGUGAAUCAACACAGAGCGCAGCAGUAUGCACAUAGACAUGCAUGCACAUAGUUCCCGCACAUUCUCACCUUUUACAUAC